GCCCAGGUAGGGACCAUGUCCCCUGCCAUCGCUCUGGCCUUCCUGCCACUCGUGGUGACAUUGCUCGUGCGGUACCGGCACUACUUCCGACUGCUGGUGCGCACAGUCUUGCUGCGGAGCCUGCGAGACUGCCUCUCAGGGCUGUGGAUUGAGGAGCGGGCCUUCAGCUAUGUGCUCACCCAUGCCCUGCCUGGGGACCCCGGUCACAUCCUCACCACCCUGGACCACUGGAGCAGCCACUGCGAGUACCUGAGCCACAUGGGGCCUGCCAAAGGUCAGAUCCUGACGCGGCUGAUGGGAGAGAAGGCCCCUGCUUGUGUGCUGGAGUUGGGCACCUACUGCGGGUACUCCACACUGCUUAUUGCCUGUGCUCUGCCUCCUGGGGGUCGCCUUCUCACUGUGGAGCGGGACCCACGCACAGCAGCAGUGGCUGAAAAACUCAUCCGCCUCGCUGGCUUCGACGAGCGCAUGGUAGAGCUCAUCGUGGGUAGCUCAGAAGAGGUGAUCCCGCGCCUACGAACCCGGUACCAGCUGAGUCGGGCAGAUUUGGUGCUCCUGGCACACCGGCCCCGAUGUUACCUGAGGGACCUGCAGCUGCUGGAGGCCCACACCCUGCUGCCAGCUGGUGCCACUGUGUUGGCUGACCACGUGCUCUUCCCUGGUGCACCCCGAUUCCUGCAGUACGCCAAGAGCUGUGGCCGCUACCGCUGCCGCCUCCACCACACUGGCCUCCCAGACUUCCCUGCCAUCAAGGAUGGCAUAGCCCAGCUCACGUAUGCAGGGCCUGGCUGAGGUCUACGCCCAGGGGUACUUACUGCUGCCUCCACACCCCCACCCAAGCAAGGACUUCAGAACAUCCCCUCCCCUCCCUGCUUGAGGCCUGACACAUGCUGGGCUCAGGGCUGGGGAGGCUCUCCUCCCACCUCUGCCCCAUUCCAGCUCCACACUGACCUGAGGCAUCAAGUUCUGUCAGGCUGCUUGGUCCCACUGGUCC